AUGUCGCUACCAACCUUUUAAUAAUAAAAACAAUAACAAUUAUUAAUUUGUCUGCUAUUUGUAGAAAAGGAAAAUAAUAAAAAAAAAAUGUAUUAAUUUUAUAAAUAUAGAAAUAGUAUAUAAUAAAAUUUAAUAAUGGCUUCACAAGUUAAUCAAAAUAUUGGAAAGGCUUUGUACUAUUACAAAAAAACAAAUAAAUGGACAAAAGGUUUAGGUGUGUAUUUACCCAAUGAAUAUAAAAAAUUCUACAACGAAUGGAAAAUACAAGAACCUGAACCUCUUCAUUAUAUUAAAAGAGAGGGACGAUAUUAUCGUGAUGAAAAGUCAGGAUUAAUACAUCCAGUGCAAGAUUAUCCAAUUCCCUUAAAAUUCCCCUUAGAAGCUGACGAAGGUCUUUGGGGUGGCGAGGGUGUAAUACAGGGAUUUACAAAAAAAGAUCGCUACAGUAGGAGAGUUCCUCAAUUUUGGUUUCCACGAUUAAUAUCGUCAGUUGUUUAUAGUCAAGUUUUAAAUUUAUAUUUAAAAACAAUUGUCACACCAAGAGCACUUGAAUUAAUACACUCCAAUUAUGGUUUGGAUCAUUAUAUUUUAAAAACAAAAGCUUGUGAUAUAAGAAGUUUGCUCGGUAUUAAAUUGAAGAGAAAAAUACUUUUGGCUCUCGCAAACAAAACUCUCUAUCCAGAUGAUCCUGAUAAACGAGAAGAGGUUUAUGAAAUGUAUAAAAAUUAUCUAAAUGAUUAUACGCCGAAAGAAAUUGAAUGGUAUGGUUUGACAUUUAAAGAGGCGAAUAUAAAAUUAAGAGAAGAAAAGGAGGCGAAAAUUGUGAUAGAGCCUAUGAAAAUUGAAUAUCGAAAAAAAUUAAUUGAAGAAUUGCGAAAUAAUACCGAGGCAAGCGAACAAUAUGAGGAGGACAACAGUUUACUUUCAAAAAUCAAGGACUUCAAUCCCUUUAAAAGUAAAACAAAAUCAGAUUAAGACAAUUUGUAACAAAUUGAAAAAAUAAAAUUGUUAAUUUUUUUUUAAAUAGAAAAACAAAUGAAAUUUUACAUUUUUUUUUAUAGAAUAAAAAUAAAAUGUAACUAAUUGCAUAAAAAAAGGCAAA